CCGCAGCCGAGGAACAGCGCUGCGCAAUAAGAGGUGCGCACCGCCGGCGGUGCACGGCUUCUUCCCAUCGCAAGCUCACCCAUCAGUGAAGACCAGAUCGAGAGCUAUUACGCGGUUUGUCCGGACGACCUCGGGAUGAGCACCCCAGAUAAAAAGGCAUUCCCAUACAAGAUAGUUCCUUUGGAUAGCGAAACACAAAAGGCUAUCGCGCGAGAUUUCGCCGGCUAUCCCAAUGGACUGGCUUCAGUUAACCACUGGGGCUUCAAGCUGUCUGCCACGUCCAGUCCGAAAGAAAAGAAAGUGUGGCACAACCUGGACCCAAGAGAUGGUGUGGCUCAUCGCCAACGACUUAGAUUACGAUGGGGCCAAGACGACCCUGUCUGAGAGGACUGGUGCGUUGACGGACGGAGAAAAAUAUCCUGAUCUGAAGACUACUCGGAGAUCAGAUGCCGCCUGCCAACAGUCAAGCGACAGCUCCCACUGCGCCCAGCCACGCUUCGUCAAAACGCACUGGCCUCUGUCCAUGAUCCAUCCGCGCGUGUUGAACGUCUGCAAGGUGGUGUACGUGGCCAGGAAUCCCAAGGACGUCUGCGUCUCCUUCUUCCACCACUGCAGACUCAUGACACACGUCGACUUCCUUGGAGAUAUGCAGAUGUUCGUGAAGUAUUUCAUGGAGGGCCUCAUCGUGGCAACUCCGGUCAUGGAGCACAUGGUAGAAGCAUGGAAUGUGCGUCACCACCCCAACAUCUGCUUCAUCUUUUUUGAAGACAUGAAACGUGAUCUCCAAUCAGAAAUCCGCAGGGUAGCCGAGUUUCUGGGCAAGUCACUCUCGUGUGAGCAAGUAGAUGAGCUGGCAGAGCACCUUCAUUUUGAUAACUUCAAAAAGAACCCUUACGUCAACAAGGAAGAAGGAAAGACGGCGGGCGACUUCCAUGCAGAUCGGGGCGACUUCAUAAGAAAGGGAAAAAUCGGUGACUGGAAGAAUCAUUUCACGCCAGAGAUGAGUGAGAAAUUCGACAAGUGGAUGGCAGAGAAGUUAAAGGGCACUGAUCUUUCAUUCACCAUGGAGGAUGCGUGAAACAUGAUUGAUGUAGGACGUCACAUCAGUGCGUGAUCAUUGGUGUCCAGGACUUUAAAGUUCGCCGCUGCUUUUGUCCACCCUGUCGUGCUAUGAUGCGGAGCGAAACUGAAAUUGAAUUCAUGUAGGUCUGAAUACGAAUUUGAGGUUUUCAACCUUGGAGCUAUGAAAACUGAGACGGACAUUGGUCGGAAAUCCGGACGUGACUGUCUGUGUGAGGCCGUCGCUUGUGAGGAGGAAAGAUGGGCGAAAUACGGGACGGUGUUUAGGCACAUUCAAACAAGAUCCGACAGCGGGUGACUGAUUUUUUAAUAGCAGUACAGGUAGUUAUAUACAU